UAGAAUUAAAUUUACAUUAUCCGAAUCUAACAUUUCUUCGUCUUCUUCAUACCGCCCCUCUUUUUCCACACCGAAUCUCUGAGUCAUUUUCAGAAGCUUCUUUCUAUCAACAUAGGAAUUUCGGAAAUGGAUCUUGGAUGCUUGGACAUGGGUUGCAUCACUGUCUCGGACUCAAAACUUACUUCCGAGUCCGCUCUCGAUUGGGAGAACCAACAAAACCACACCGCGGAAUCGCUCACAGCGACAGCAAAGAUCGGAAAGAACAAGCAAAUGAAAGAGAAUGGCCAGUCAACUCUGAAUUCUCUUAACAAAUCCACUUCUCAAAUAAAGAAGCCCGGUCAUCGUAAGAAUUCGCCGAUCAAUUGGUUCCCGCGAAAGAAGGUCGACUCCUACUUAAAGAGGAAAAUUAAAAGGCUGCAGGAAGUAGCUGGAAUGAAUUUGACGCUUGAUGAGACUCUUGGUGAUUCCAAUCCACACUACUCUAAAGUACUGAGAGAAAAAAUCGCUACUAGAGAAGCUGCGAAUAAGGCGAUUAAGGUUCGAAGAGCUGCUUUAGUGGAAGCUUCCUGGUGUCGGAUACUUAAAGCAGCUAGGAUCCAAAGCGAAGAAGCCAAAGCACAACUGCUGAAAGCGGAGCAAAUCGCGGUAGAAGCUUUUGAAGCAGCAUUAGCCAUAGGAGUAAACAUGUAUGACAUACCGAAUUGCCCUAAGAACCCUUCUCAAGUAGAUAGAUCUUCUUCUUUUUCUUCUUCCGUAGAAGGAUCCACCACUCAUGCUGUCACGGCAUCUUUCGAAACUGCAUUUGAUGUAGACAAAGAAGUAGCUGCAGCAGUGAAAACUGCACUGAUAAGGCUUGCAAACUGCCCUUCUUUUAAGAAGGAUGAGUUCAAAGAUCUGCUUCAAAAGAUCAGUCAGAACCCAGAUACGGGUGAAAAUAAUGACGAAGAAAAAUCUGAGGAUUCUUCUCCAACAUGUGAACCAAAAUCUGGAUCAAAAAGGGAAGCUGUAUCUCGAACAGAUUGUAUUAGCCCUCAAGGUUCUGAUUGCAAGAUUCCAGUUUCGCAGUUGAGACAAAAGAGAAGUAAGAGAAGACAAUCGCUUGAAAAGUUUAACAAGAUCAAACUUGUUAACGCGAUGUUUGAUCGGCUUCAACUUCUGCAAGAAGAUGAGCUUUCUUCCCUUGCCACUAUAGUUGCAACUUGUGGUUUAAAUGCUGCCUUAGCCGAAAUCGUAAACAACAAGCCAGGCCCUGCUGCCGAUUGUAAGACCUCGAACACUGGUAAGCUUGAACACUUUAAGUAUGGGAAUAUCAGAAAGAAGCAAACAGAACCAGAACUGCCAAGUUUAGACAAGUUUUUAGUAAAGCACAUGACAAAGCUUGAAAGAGAAGUUCUGGAGGCCAGGAACAGCAGGAAGGAAUCUUCUAAGCAAGGAAUGGUUGAGAAUUCUGUUAAUACUUCAGAUAAAAGGGAAACUUCAACUGAGACUAUUCCGGACUUGGGAAGCAUUCUCUUGAAGCAUUCUUCGAAGUUUGAGAGAGAGAUUGAAGAGGAAAAGAAAAAAUCAGUAGGCGAUGCGAAAAUGGGCAAUAAGAGUUUGCAAGGAGAUACAGUUUCAUCGGAAUCCAUUCCAGAUUUGGGGAGUGUGCUCAUUAAGCAUUCCUCAAGACUUGAAAAGGAGAUCGAAGAAGCAAGGAAGAACUGUGGCAAUAAUUCAGAAGGAGCACCAAACAGUUCGUAUAGUCGUGUUAAAGAAGAUGGUUUGGGAAUACCCAGUCUAGAUAAGUUCUUGGUGAAACAUGUAUCAAGACUAGAGAAAGAGGUCCAAGAAGCAAAGGCCAGAAGGAAUAAUGAACCUUGGGAAGGAAGUAAAACAACUAGUCAAGUUGAUUUGUCAGCUUCAGAGGAGGAGAGAAGUUCCAGCUCUCAUUCUGAUGAAGGCCCAAAGGGGAAAGAAAAUGUUGAAUUAAAUACGAGGGCUGAAGAUAGCUUAGACGAGAUCUUGGUCAAGCCUGUACACAGGCUGCAAAGGGAGAAGAUGCAAGCUUCAGCAUUGGGUAAUAAUAGUAGAUAUGAUAAACUCCAAAAGAAACAUGGUGGGAAUGUUGGCGCAGAAUGUGAGAGCUUGGACAAAGUCUUGGUAAAACAUGUUUCCAGGCUGGAGAGAGAGAAGAUGAGAGCCGGUUCGGAGGAAGAAGCAGCGAUGAAAGUGAAGAAAGACAAGACAAAUAUGUGUCGGCAGAUGGAGGAAGCCGGUAGUUUGGACCAGGUUCUGGUUAAACACAAGUCAAGACUUGAGAGCGAAAAACUGGCUGCUGCCCAGCAAGCAGAUGACUAUGCUAGACUCUCCGUGACUCGAAGAGAAGCAAGAGAGAAGGAGUUGCAAGAAGCAUGGGGUGGUUUAAGUUUAGGCAAUUCCAUGAAGCCCCAUUUAUCGAAACUUGAACGCGACAAGGCUGCUUGGAUCAAAGCUGAAGAGGAGGAAAGGAAGCAAGGCAUGGUUUUCUCGGAUUAGUGCCGAAUAGGAGAAUGUAAAUUAUAUUGAUAUUUUGUGUUUUUAAUAUCAACUUUUGAGUGUUUUGUUUAGUCUGAUGUAAUAUAGGAACGUGCAUCUGUUUUCUCUUCCUUGAGAAAAAGAAAGAAAGAAAGAAGCAAGCUGU